AUGGAAAAAAUGUGCCUCCGAAGUUUCUCUCUUCUUCUUCUUCUCCUCUUCACUCUCUUUGUCUCUCCUGCUUUUGCUCUUAAAAAGUCCUACAUAGUGUACUUUGGUUCUCACGCCCAUCCUCCACAACCCUCUUCUGCCCAACUCAAUGCUGUAGCUCGCUCACAUCACACUUUUCUCUCCUCUUUCUUGGGAAGCCAUGAAAGUGCAAAAGAGGCCAUCUUUUACUCAUACAAGAGACAUAUCAAUGGUUUUGCUGCCGUUCUCGACGAAAAUGAAGCUGCCGAAAUCGCCAAGCAUCCCGAUGUACUCUCCGUAUUCUUAAACAAAGGAAGAAAACUUCAUACCACUCAUUCAUGGAAUUUCAUGCUCCUUGAGAAAAAUGGCGUGGUUCACAAGUCUUCUCUAUGGAAUAAAGCAGGAUUCGGAGAGGGCACAAUCAUAGCGAAUCUUGACACAGGUGUGUGGCCGGAGUCAAAAAGCUUCAGCGAUGAAGGGUAUGGAGCUGUUCCGGCUAGGUGGAAAGGUAGUUGCCAGAAGGAUGUUUCUUGCAACAGGAAACUUAUUGGAGCUAAAUACUUCAACAAAGGUUACUUAGCCUACGCACGCUUUCCCUCCAACGCUUCCUUCGAAACCCCUCGUGACUACGACGGUCACGGUAGCCACACUCUUUCCACGGCGGCCGGAAACUUUGUUCCCGGAGCUAAUGUGUUUGGCGUCGGGAACGGUACAGCCAGUGGUGGUUCUCCUAAGGCGAGAGUCGCCGCUUACAAAGUGUGUUGGACGCCUGUGGAUGGCAAUGAGUGCUUUGAUGCUGAUAUGUUGGCAGCGUUUGAUGCAGCUAUCGGCGACGGUGUUGAUGUUAUCUCGGCUUCAGUGGGCGGAGAUGCUGAAGAUUAUUUGAAAGAUGCCAUCGCCAUCGGUUCCUUCCACGCCGCCAAAAACGGUGUGACGGUUGUGUGUUCCGCUGGGAAUUCGGGUCCUAAACCUGGAUCCGUAUCUAACGUCGCACCGUGGAUUAUUACAGUCGGAGCUAGCUCCAUGGAUCGGGAGUUUCAGGCCUUUGUUGAGCUCAACAACGGCCAACGCUUCAAGGGAACUAGCCUCUCGAAGGGUUUACCCGAAGAGAAGAUGUAUGACCUGAUCAAUGCCGCAGACGCUAAAACAGCCAAUGCGUCAAUGUUAGAAGCAUUGCUAUGCAAGAAAGAUAGCCUAGACCACGAGAAGGUGAGAGGGAAGAUUGUGGUGUGUCUAAGAGGAGACAACCCACGUGUAGAAAAGGGACAACAAGCAGCCAUCGCAGGAGCUGUAGGAAUGAUACUAUGCAACGACAAAGCUAGCGGAAACGAGCUCAUUUCAGACCCUCAUGUACUCCCUGCUUCUCAGAUUGAUUACAAAGAUGGUGAAGCUGUGUUUUCAUACCUAAAUUCCACCAAAGAUCCCAAAGGUUACAUAAAGGCGCCUACCAGUACACUGAACACGAAGCCUGCUCCUUUCAUGGCCUCAUUCUCUUCCAGAGGUCCCAACACCAUCACACCUGGAAUCCUCAAGCCUGACAUAACAGCACCUGGUGUCAACGUCAUAGCCGCCUUCACUGAAGCCAAGAGCCCUACGGACUUAGAAUUUGACAACCGCAGAACUCCUUUCAACACCGAGUCAGGAACUUCCAUGUCUUGUCCUCACAUCUCAGGCAUCGUUGGUCUCUUGAAGACUCUUCACCCUCAAUGGAGCCCUGCUGCUAUCCGCUCUGCCAUCAUGACCACUUCAAGAACCAGGGACAACAGGCGGAAACCUAUGGUUGAUCAGUCAUUCAACAAAGCAACUCCUUUUGGCUACGGUUCGGGUCAUGUCCAACCCAAUAAAGCUUCACAUCCUGGCCUUGUCUACGAUCUCACCACUGGAGACUAUGUAGACUUCCUCUGCGCCAUCGGUUACAACAACCAGUCAGUUCAACUCUUUGCGGAGGAUCCACGCUACAUAUGCCGCCAAGGAGCUAAUCUUCUGGACUUCAACUACCCUUCAAUCACUGUUCCUAGCCUCACGGACUCUGUCACCGUCACGCGCAAGCUCAAGAACGUUGGAACGCCUGCCACUUACAAUGCCCGUUACCGACAGCCGCUUGGUGUAAGCAUCUCCGUGGAGCCCAAACAGCUCAACUUCAGCAAAGUUGGUGAGGUGAAGAUAUUUCGGAUGACGUUGAGUCCCAAGUCAGCGAAGCCUUUAGGCUACGUCUUCGGAGAGCUUACGUGGACUGAUUCAAAACAUUACGUUAGGAGUCCCAUUGUCACGAGUCUUUCAUGCUCGGCCUCCAAGGACCUGGUUCCUCUUGUCCCGUUUCCGGCGGAUCAUCACCACAGCCGCAAACGCCAGCUGCAGAUCGUGGACCCCACUUCGUUUCGCGGGAAACUUGCGACGGGUUGGACCGUCGUGAAUCGGCCGCGAUCGUCGUCUCCUAGCACCAACGGAAGUGUCGAUACUUACUUUAUCGAGCCAGGGACUGGUAGAGAGUUUCCAGCUCUAGAAUAUGUUCAAAGAGACUUGGCUGGAGAAGUAGAUGACAAACGCUUGACUCGAGCAGGACGCUUCUCGAAAAAAGAUACUAGGGCUUAUGAAGGAUCCAGAACCAAACAGGAUCAUCGCAGAUCAGAAUAUGCCUCCAGGGGUUUCCGUUUGCCUAAAGGAUGGAAAGUUGAAGAGCGUCCGAGGAGAAACUCUCCUCAUAUUGAUAAGUAUUAUGCUGAGCCAAAAACGGGGAAGCGGUUUCGCUCCCUUGUUUCCGUUGAGAGAUACUUAAAAGAAUCCCGGAACCGUACAGAUGAGCAGCUUAUGGUUUCACAGUAUCACCGUGGCCAUUCAAAAGAUUUCAGUUUACCUGAUGGAUGGAUCGUUGAGGAGAAACCGCGGAGAGGUUCAAGUCAUAUAGACAAGUUUUACAUUGAGCCUGGAACCGGGAAGAAGUUACGUUCCAUGGCUGCUGUUGAGACAUACUUGAACGGUGCAGCUGACUCGUUUCAGUCCAUAGUUCAUCAUUCCCAGCGACUUUCACUUUUCGGGAACCUGAAUAUAACCGGGUUUCAGACCGAGGAUAUUGACCCAACCCCACCACAGAAAGUUAAGUGGGUCCUUACCGGUCCAGGCGGAAAAAUGUUUAGUGCGCAUGUGGGCGGCUCGGAAAUCUCUAGCUCGGUCAAACAGACAUGGUCUAAGGCUUUUGUCUCAAUGAUCCAAGGCCGUUCUUAGACCAAAUUCUGAAUCCUUGGGUCUUGUUUUUUGUGGCCCUUUUGUGCCGUUCUUUUAGCAUUUUGGUUUAUAGUUAACCAGCUAAACUAGUCGGUAGUGUAUCCAAGUUGUACAUUGAUUCGGAUGUUGUCUGUUGUUAGGUUAGGUGUACUGGUUAAAAUUUUCUCAAUCUUGAUUUGUGUUCUCCUCCUUAAAUAUAACAAUCGCCAAAGAUAAAUAUUAAAGGUCAUACAGACAUUUCUUAGCAUGAAUCCCUUAGGC